CAACAGGUGAUGGCCAAGCUGUGUGGUAUUUCUCCUGACCUUCCAUCAUCCUUCCACAUUUAAUGCGGCUUGAACUGUCCUGAUUUUGAGGCCAUUCACACUGCACAACACAUUCAACGCAAACAGAAUACACCUCCAGCCCUGUACUCUUUUGACUUAUCACCACUUUCUCGUUCGCAAGGAGAUCCAAAAUCUAUAACCGCGAUAUCUUCUCUGGCAUUUAGUGGAGCUUGCAUCACAGAAGCCAAAGAAGGAAUUAAAAUGGGAAUCUUUCAAGGAAGAGCUCGUGGAACUCUACAUUUCCCGAGAUCUAUGUUGGAAACAGCUCAUGGGGAUAAUGGAGGAGCGACAUUCUUUCCUAGCCACAGAAAACAAUUCUGCCUUCGGAUCUUGUGACUUUCGAACUUCACCGACAUCCCUGGUUGUGAGCAUGCGUGAUAUUCGCUGUACGUACAGCGGUAUAUCCGAGAGCCUUUCUGCUCUGGAGUACGCCUGCAUCUGCGGAAACCUCAAAUUAGCGCACCUACUCAUCGACCUGGGCCACCCAAUUUGCGAAGCAUCGAGCGGCUGGAAAAGGAGUCUUCUCGUACUGGCCAUUUUAGGAUGGAACGAACGCAAAUCACGGGCUAAUCGCAGCAAGACACGACGCGUUUGGAAUAUGGAUUGCGAGUCUUGGACCUGUCAUACAAGUCACGAAACCCAGAAGCUGAUGGCAUUUCUCCAGGUCUUGAUUCGGUCGAAUGCGAAGAUACAGCCGCCAAGUCGAAUGCAGGAUGGCCGCGGUCCCGUCUCCCUCGCAGGAGAUCGUUCAAGCGAUCCCCUCAUCAUCGCGCUCAACGAGGGCCACACACCACCUUUAACAGCGGCAUCUCUGUAUCAUAAUACAGCCGCCGUCGAUGAGCUUCUAGUCUUUGGAGCAAAUAUACUUGACCGAUGUCAGGCCGGCCCCUCGGCCCUUGCAUUAUGCAUCUCGAACUUCUGGAACUAUCCGACACCGCAGGCGACGUCUUUUCCCAUAUCUUGGAUUCCUUACUAUGAUUCGGACCCCGACAUCGACGUUUGCGAGUCAGCCGUUCUGAAAAUCGCCACCCGCUACCUAAGCCAACCUUCUUCAUCUAGCAUCGAGAUCCAAACGCCUAACAAAGCUCUUCCUCUGGUGUGGAGCACGCCCAAUCCACUAUAA